AUGCGUUUUUCACUGGUGGUUUCGGCUUUGGCCUUACUGCCACAGGCCUGGGCAGCUACGACCCUAGCUUAUUGUUCGACCGAGAAUACUGGAUCCUCAUUCAGUGCUGUCAGCAAUAUCUAUCAGUCUAACGGUGCUUGUGAGGUCACCUGUGCUAGCUACGCUCUAGGCAUUCUUCAAGGGAAGAAAUGUUGGUGCUCCAACGUUGCACCAGCUGCCGAUACUCAAAAGAAUACAACCGAAUGUGACACAGGAUGUCCUGGUUAUCUUUCUGAUAGUUGUGGAAGUGCUUCCAAGGGUGUCUUUGCCUACGUCGCCAUUGAUGAUAAUAGCGUGACUAGCACUGCUGCUGGUUCCUCUUCGACCUCCUCAGGGACUACUACAUCUACCACAUCCUCAAGCACAUCAUUGAUCACUAGCUCCUCGUCCUCCUCCUCCACCGGCAGCACUACUACCACUGCUCAGGUAGCUGUCACCACCUCCUCGGAUGGAGAAGUCAAAACAAUCACCAUUGCCGUUUCAGCCGCUACAUCCGGCUCUGCCAGUAACAAGGGAUCCAGUACUAGUGACAAGAGCUCUGGUCUCAGUGGAGGAUCAAUUGCUGGAAUAGUGGUUGGUGUCAUUGGAGGUCUCGCCUUGAUCGCAGCGCUGGUUUUCCUCAUCUUCUUCUAUCGCAAGCGUGCUCGUUCUGCAAGCCCGGUUCCUAGCCAAGAUAUGGCGGAUCGAACUAGUCAAGGUUCGAGCUGGUCUCGUGGUGUUUUCCCUGGAGGUGCUGGUGGAUCCAGCCUGGGUCGUAAGGCCACUUUCACCGAUAACCGUAUGAAGACGGACACCGCCCUCUACCACAAUGGUCGUCGGGAUAGCAGUGUCUCGCUGCAGGACAACGAGGACUACUCGCGACCCGUUCUUCGCCUUACCAACCCUGACUAA